CGGCGGGCGGCGAGCAGGCGAACGGCGGAGCCGCUACAUCCGGGCUGCGGCGGCGGGCACCUGCCGCCCGGGGGCCUCGGUGACAUUGGGCCUCGGCGGCGAGGCGGGGAGGGCGAGCUGCGGAGCCGGGCAGGGAGAGGGGACGUGCGCCAGCUGCCGCCAUGUUCCGCCUUAUGGUCUCCCACGCCAAGAAGCACCCCAGCUUGAUACCUCUGUUUUUGAUCAUUGGAUCAGGAGGCGUUGGCGCAGCCCUGUAUGUCAUGCGUUUGGCGAUGUUCAACCCAGAUGUCUGCUGGGACAAGAAAAAUAAUCCAGAACCCUGGAAUAAACUGGCUCCCAAUGAGCAGUACAAGUUCUACUCGGUCAACGUAGACUACAGUAAGUUCAAAAAGGACCGCCCUGACUUCUAAGGAGCACGAUCAUCUCCACAAGCCGCACAGAAAGGUCUUCCGGAAGCUGUCCGCACAAUUAUGCUUUAUCAUCCAGGAAACAUUCAAACUUGCCUCACACUGCACUUGAUCACCUGUUCGGAAGUGUUUUGAUGGGGUUUAAUAAAUGUCUGAAACUUG